AGCGGUGCUUGAGGCCGUCUGUUACUAGUUAGUAGUUACUUCUUACUUUGCCCGCUUCCUUGACCGUAUUAACACUAUUAACGAUCAUUCGUCUGCUGACCAGACUUGGAGGUCUACACGUCCGCUUUCGACACGUGUCGUCCAAACACACGCCAUGCCGCCCCUGGCCACUGCCACUAGACCAUUACYCGAAGAAGACAUCAAAUUACCCGGCAUCAAUGCAGUCCUGCUCGGGCCACCCGGUUCGGGCAAGGGAACGCAGGCGCCAAGACUGUUGCAGAAAUUUUACUCGUGUCACCUGUCCACAGGAGACAUGUUGCGCUCCGAAGUGGCUUCCGGCUCGGAACUUGGUCAGAAGGUGAAACAAGUCAUAGAAUCAGGUAAUUACCAAUGAUGGCCAUAACUGUAA